AUAACCCAGAAGCCAUUGAGACAUUCUAGAAGCACCGCAAAACCUCCGGAGGCCAAAUGGCACUGUGUCACUUGAUCCCUCCACGCUCAUUUCUCUUGGGCUCGUCUCCUUCUUAUUAUAUAUCCAAACUCAAAUUGAAACCCACUAUCCCUUCUCUCAAAAAGCGCUUCUUCUCCUUCUCAAUCUCAGCAGCAAUGGCUUCUGCUUCUCCUGCUAAGAAGGUUUUGGUUCCGAUUGCGAAUGGCACGGAGCCGAUGGAGGCGGUGAUCACCAUCGACGUUCUGCGUCGAGCUGGAGCCGAUGUUACUGUGGCUUCUGUGGAGAAGCAGCUUCGCGUUGAAGCCUGCCAUGGCGUUAAGAUCAUCGCUGAUGUUUUGAUUUCCGAUUGUAGCAAAAGCGUCUUCGAUCUCAUCACUCUACCCGGAGGCAUGCUAGGUGCUGCCAAUCUUAAGAAUAAUGAGGUUCUGGAAAGCCUGGUGAAGAAGCAGGCUGCAGAUGGGAAGCUCUAUGCCGCGAUCUGUGCUUCACCUGCAGUGGCAUUUGGGUCAUGGGGUGUGUUGAAGGGACUGAAAGCAACUUGCUAUCCAUCAUUUAUGGAUCAGUUAGCAUCUAGCGCAACUACUGUUGAAUCAAGAGUGCAGGUGGAUGGCAAAGCUGUGACUAGUCGUGGACCUGGUACUACCAUGGAGUUUGCUGUUGUGCUGGUUGAACUAUUGUAUGGGAAAGAAAAAGCUGAUGAAGUAUCUGGGCCACUGGUCAUGCGUUCCAACCAUGGUGAUGAAUAUAUCAUAACUGAGCUAAACCCAGUUGGGUGGACUCCCAAUGAUUCCCCAAAGAUUCUCGUACCUAUUGCAAAUGGCACAGAGGAAAUGGAAGCUACUAUGAUCAUUGAUGUUUUACGACGAGCCAAAGCAAAUGUUGUGGUGGCCUCUGUAGAGGAUCAACUAGAAAUUGUUGCUUCUCGCAAAGUUAAACUGGAGGCAGAUGUGCUUCUUGACGAAGCUGCCAAACUUUCAUAUGACCUAAUUGUUUUGCCUGGUGGACUUGGUGGUGCCCAAGCAUUUGCAAAAUCAGAAAAGCUCGUGAAUUUGUUAAAAAAGCAGAGGGAGUCACAGAGACCUUAUGGAGCGAUAUGUGCCUCCCCAGCUCUAGUUUUGGAACCCCAUGGCUUACUCAAGGGCAAAAAGGCCACUGCGUUCCCUGCAAUGUGCGACAAGCUGUCAGAUAAAAGUGAAGUCGAGAACAGGGUAGUGGUUGAUGGCAACCUCAUCACCAGCAGAGGACCAGGAACUUCCAUGGAGUUUGCUCUAGGAAUUGUUGAGAAGUUUUUCGGGCGCAAGAAAGCAAUAGAGCUUGCUAAGGUAAUGCUUUUCGUUCACCCUUAAGAGUUUUUGGUAAGCGUUAAAUGUGUACCUCCUUACUUUUGGGACACUACUAGCAAAAGCAGAAAGCUGGAGUCAUAUUUGAGUAUGAAUCCUUUGUGAGGUUAUGUUCAAGAUUUUGUAUAUAAAUAAAUGUGUAAACGACUGAAUUAUGAUAAAGCUAUGGUUAGUAUCUCUAA